GACCUUUCACUGCGGAUAGCGAUCUCCUGUGCGUUUUCGUGGCUUUGGUUAGAAGCGUGGAUUGACUUUCAAGUGCUUCCAAGUGACGGACGCGGACAUCCUCGUGACUGAUACCCAAUUGUUAUAAAUGCUCUUGAGUCCAUCAAGGAACAUUUGUCUUGGUACUAUUUUCCUUGGACCGGCGUAUCCUGAUAGGCUGAGUUUUCGUGUUACACCCCUAUAUUUUUCAGGGGUUUAAUUUUCCCGGGUCCAUAUCCUUGAAAGUUACAGGCGAUAGGAAUUCUACAUGUCGUUGGACUUAAAUUCCAAUGGUGAUUCGCUGCGAUCAUCCGUAGAUUCUGUGUUAAAUGGAGCACAUGCUUGGGUGGUCUUUGGCUACUCAGGAACCUCUUUCACAUUGGACGUCGUGAACUCUGGGUCUGAUACGAAAGAUAUGUUGGAAGAGUUUUCUUCCCAUCGAGUCAUGUUUGGAUUCGUGCGAGUUGACCAUUCCGGACAAGCUUCCCUGCCUCCUAAAUACGUGUUCAUAUAUUGGUGCGGAGAAGCUGCUCCCAGUAAAUACAAGGUUUCUUGCACACAACACGGCGAUGUCAUCAAGCAGUUCUGUCGAACCACGCAUCUCUCAAUCCGUGCUCAGAGCGAGGAUGAUUUGGAUUGGGAUGAUGUUGUGGCCAAGUUGACCAAAAUUUCAGGGACCGAUUACUCCGUACGUCCGGACAAAUGGGAUUGGCAUCCUCCGAAUGUGGAAUCAACAUAUCGCCGAGUCGAUCCACUCAAAGAAAUUCCUAAAAAUUCCAGCUCCAAAGAUUUUUGGAGGAACCAGCAAGCGGCUGUUUCUCUUCCUACUGCAAACAAACCACAGCUGCCGGUUCGGUCAAAUUGCCCCGUCAACGGACGGCCUUCAAGAACGCUAUCACAGGAGUCCAAGACGACACGGAACGUCGAACUUCACUCUACCUUGUCUAACCGAGGAGAACAGAACGCAUCAUCGCCAAAUAAUCAUGUUAUUUCGGCAUAUAGAAAGAUCAAUCCGAGAGACGAGAUCAUACAGGCGCGGAAACUUUCCAAUACUUCCAGUGACCCUUUAGAAUGUACUACCACCACGUCCUCUGGUUACAAGAAAAUUGAUCCACGAGCGGAGAUCAUGCUGGCACGAAAGUUGUCACAGGUGCAAUGUGAGGAUGAGGAUCAGAUUCAUAUUGGAACUAGCUGGAAACGUGCAGAUCCGCGGGCCGAAAUCGCUGAAGCCAGACGUCUCGCAUCUGGAAGUUGUGCGGCUAAUGGAUCACCAAGUUCGGAUCACACGCAUCAAAACUCCGGUAUUCCUUCUGAAUUCUGCGCGGCUCGUGGUGGUAAGGUCGAAGGAACCGUGUCCAAUGUAGUUCUGCCAUCCAGCAUAUAUGAGCCUAAUGGGUCUUCUGCGACUGGGAUGCAAGGAGUCGGCGAACGACUGAACUCUUCUUCCACAUCAAUGUCAUCACCUGACCAGCUACCAGGGAUCGCUAGCUCUAUUCACAAUCUUCAAUCAGCGAUACCUUCAUCGGGUGUGGCGUCCGAUUCUGUUGCUCAGCCGGCUUCCGCGUGCAAUCUUCCUGGUCCUGUCGUCGUUUGCCUUUACAAUUACACUGCGGCGGAUGACGAUGAGCUUUCGUUUGCGAAAGGAGAUCAGAUUUUUCACAUUCAGCAAAUCGAUGAAGGUUGGUGGCUCGGUAUGACGGCAGAUGGUCGACGAGGCUUGUUUCCUGCCAAUUAUGUGGAACUUGUGGCAUAGUUGUCAUAUGAAACUUCAAACUCGCUGCGAUAUUUUGUCCUGCAUUCUGCGUUGGUGCCUUGGAAUUUUGCUACUCUUGCAGUCCUGCAUUUUUUCUUCAGUAGUUUGAUUCUUAUUGUUCCGACUCGGCUUCCAACUCAUUUUUCCUCAUUUGGUACAAUCUUUACAACCGCUGCACUGAAUCGAACAAACAUCUGUUCCUCAUGCUUCUCGUGUGUAGUCAGCAAGCUUCGAGGCCAUGUUCGCUUCAUAUAUCAUGUUUGCUUUGCCAACUGUCACCAUUUACCAGUUCCUUCUGCCUUCUUCUCACUAAUAUUACUGUUCUCUUCUUGUUCCUUAUCAGAUCCUUCAACAAACUAUCCACCUUACAUAACUGUAUUUGCUUUUUCUUUGCUUUGGUCAACGCACUCGUCUGUGAUGCCACCGUGCCGCGCCCAUCCAUCGCAAUUAAACGGAGUUACUCAUUGUUCAAAGCAGUCUGCUGUUCCUCUCACACCUGUGCUUGGCCUCCCCCGCCGAUAUCACCGUCUUCCUUUGGUCAGAUGACUGAUGAAGUGCUUAUGUGCAUCACUGGCGUUCCACAUUGUCGCACGCGCUGUCUGUUCUGCCUUCACGCGCUUCUCUUCAUCGCGCCAGAAUUGGUAUGGUGGUCUGAUUCAAUUUAAGUCCGAUCGCUGGCUCGGACACACCGACAUGCAAAGAGAUGCGACGGCAAUUUAUUAUCACUGCCUAAUGAUCUUUCAGUCACUGGUUUGAUCUUCAUGCAUUUGAUCAAACCGAUCUUCCAGUUUAUCGAACCUCCGUCAGCGUGAAUUCGAGAACGUGCUGCAUGUCUCUGCUGUGCCCUCACUGUGUUUUGUGGGAUGUUUUAUUUUCCUUUAACUUCCAGCUUGGUCCUAGGCAUGUGCGUCCCACAAUGCCUCCUACUUUCCUGGUGCCUUCAUCUUGCUUUUCUUCAUUCAUCUGUCCUUGGCCUGUAGGCCACCAUUUAUUCCUCAUUGUCUUACGAUUAUGCGUUGCAUGCAGUCUCCUUCAUAUCUGCCUUUAUGCACGUGGUAUUCUAGUCUGCAUUCUGUGCUAUGUACCUUUUCUAAUACUCUCCAGCGCCUUUGUUUCAUUCGUCUCUUCAAUUGCUUGGUAGCAUACGUUUCCUUGU